UACCCUCGGCAAGCGCCACCAUAAGCCUUCCUCAUUUGUCAUUUCAUUUCCAAAGAGAUAGAGAGAGAAAGGAAGAGAGAGUAAUCAGAAGAAGAAGAAGUUGAUCUCACUUCAAGCAGGGGCGCGCCUGAGAUCAAAACACAAUCGUGCAAGAGCAACCAUGUGGAGAAGACUUUCUAUCCAGCUUCUUCGAUCCACUCCAAAAUCCGGCAGAUUCGGUUCCGCCGCCGCCGCAUCCUCAUCCUCUUCCACAUAUUCGUCCGCGGCCGUGCUCCGGCCUUCCGUCGCUCUCCCCUCUCGCCACUUCAGCGCCGAGUCUGAAACUGUUGUGUCGAAGAAGAGAGUAGAGGAUGUAAUGCCAAUCGCUACUGGUCACGAACGUGAAGAGCUCGAAGCGGAGCUUCAAGGGAAGAAGAUUCUGGACAUCGACUUCCCUGAAGGUCCUUUUGGUACUAAGGAAGCACCUGCUGUCGUCAAGUCCUACUAUGACAAAAGAAUUGUAGGAUGCCCUGGAGGUGAAGGCGAAGAUGAGCAUGAUGUUGUUUGGUUUUGGCUGGAGAAGGGCAAGCCACAUGAAUGUCCUGUGUGUUCACAAUAUUUUGUGUUGGAGGUUGUUGGCCCUGGAGGACCUCCUGAUGGUCAUGGUGAUGAUGAGGAUGGUCAUCAUCACUGAAACUCUUGCAAUUCUUUUUUGCCGGAAAACAUGUUUUGCUGACUCAAUAGUCAGAGUCUCCGUUUCUUUGCUUUUUGGUUUUAGCUGGCGGGACUGUUCUUUAUGGCUGCAAUGGCAGCAGUUAAAUCCAAUAGCUUUUGUUUCAUUUCUAAGCAUUUGCUGGUCAUCCAUUGGAAUUCCUGUGUUUCUGUAGUGCAUAGUUGAAUAAUCGAUGGCUACCUAUGAAUCAUUUAACUGUUUGUUCUUGUUUGGGUCGUCAAAAUCUUCAUUUUGGUUUACAUUAAGUUCUAUAACUUUUUGUUCCUAGCAAAA